AUGAUGUGGCCAUUCCGUAAGUGGACCUGCUGGCUGUCCGUUCACCUCUGGUGCCUGUUUGGGGGCCUGAGCUCAGCGCUGGUGACGAGGAAUUCGAGGCCCAAUAUUGUGCUCCUGAUGGCGGAUGACCUUGGGGUGGGAGAUGUCUGUUGCUACGGCAAUAACACAGUGAGCACACCGAAUAUCGACCGCCUGGCGAGUGAGGGCGUGCGGCUCACCCAGCACCUGGCGGCUGCGUCCGUGUGCACCCCGAGUAGGACUGCCUUCCUGACCGGCCGGUACCCCGUCAGAUCAGGGAUGGCGUCUCCCUUCAACCUGAACCGCGUCCUUACCUGGCUUGGAGGCUCGGGCGGUCUGCCCACCAACGAAACCACGUUCGCCAAGCUGCUACAACAUCGGGGCUAUCGCACGGGACUCAUAGGCAAAUGGCACCAGGGCCUGAGCUGCGCCUCUCGGAACGACCACUGUUACCACCCGCUCAACCACGGCUUCGACUACUUCUACGGGCUGCCCUUUGGGUUGCUCAGUGACUGCCAGGCGUCCAGGACCCCCGAGCUGCACCGCUGGCUGCGUAUAAAGCUGUGGAUGUCCACGGCGGUCCUCGGCCUCGUGCCCGUCCUGCUGCUCGUCCCCAAAUACGCCCGCUGGUUCCCCGUGCCCUGGAAGGUCCUCCUGGCCCUGGGCCUGCUGGCCUUCCUCUUCUUCCUGGCCUGGUACUCCAGCUACGGGUUCACGAGACGGUGGAACUGUAUCCUGAUGAGAAAUCAUGACAUCGUCCAGCAGCCCUUGCGCGAGGAGCGGGUAACCUCCCUCCUGCUCAAGGAGGCCCUCGCCUUUAUCGACAGGUAUAAACGCGGCCCCUUCCUCCUCUUCGUGUCCUUUCUGCACGUGCACACCCCACUGAUCACCAAAGAGAAGUUUGUGGGGCACAGUAAAUACGGGCUCUAUGGAGACAACGUCGAAGAAAUGGACUGGAUGGUGGGUAGGAUCCUGGAGGCCCUGGACCGGGAGCGCCUGUCCAAUCACACGCUGGUGUACUUCACGUCGGACAACGGGGGUCGCCUGGAGGUGCAGGAAGGCGGGGCCCAGCUGGGCGGCUCCAACGGUGUCUACAAAGGUGGCAAAGGAAUGGGCGGAUGGGAGGGGGGCAUUCGUGUCCCAGGAAUAUUCCGGUGGCCGACGGUCCUGGAGGCUGGGAAAGUGAUUGACGAACCAACAAGCCUAAUGGACAUUUAUCCGACACUGUCUUAUGUAGGUGGAGGGAUAUUGCCCCAGGACAGAGUGAUUGAUGGCCGGAAUCUAAUGCCCUUGCUGGAAGGCAGGGUAUCCCACUCGGACCAUGAGUUCCUCUUCCACUACUGUGGGGUCUACCUGCACACAGCCAGGUGGCAUCAGAAGGACUGUGCAACGGUGUGGAAGGUCCAUUACGUGACUCCCAAAUUCUCCCCGGACGGAGCUGAUGCCUGCUAUGGAAGUGGAAUAUGUUCAUGUUCUGGAGAUGUCACCUACCAUGAUCCUCCACUGCUCUUUGACAUCUCAAGAGACCCUUCUGAGGCCCGGCCUCUUAGCCCUGACAAUGAAGCCUUAUUUGGCUCAGUGGUCAAGAAAAUCGAGGCGGCCAUAAAAGAGCAUCGCCGGACUCUCACACCUGUCCCACAGCAGUUCUCUGUGUUCAACACCAUUUGGAAACCGUGGCUGCAGCCCUGCUGUGGGACUUUCCCUUUUUGUGGGUGUGACAAAGAAGAUGACAUCCUCUCUACGGCUUGGUGAGCAGCAAGGGGCCACUUGUUACCAACCACCAACACACUGUUACAGACUUCAUGGAAGCAGCUCUCAGAUGAUUCCUCCCUUCCUUGUGGGAUGAAUAAUUAUGCCCUCCGCCAUUUUUUUUAACCCUCAGACUUCAGUUCUUUCUUCAAGUCACAUCCGGGAGCUCGACGCAGCGAAAAUGGAUCUGGACACCAGCGUCCCCGGAGUAGAGAACUUGUGUCAUAUCUUUAUAUAAUUGUGUCAUUGUUCAAGCAAAAAGGUAGAGCUAGGAAACCUUCUGCAGAUUCUUAUGGAUCCAUGGCGCUUAGGAGAUGGUGAGAAAUGGUAGGACGGAUGGCAUCCUUUUUACGUAGUUGUGGUAGAAACUUCUACUUGGGGAUCUUAAGUCCAGAUGACUUAUUUUUGCAAUCAGUCAUUUCGUUUCAGCCUGAAGCAGAUGGUGUUCAUGAUAGUGGAAGUGGUCCCACACUACUUUUCAAUUCUUGACUUCCGGUCUUUUCUUCUUCUCUUCCCGCUUACAAAAUAAAUGCCCGCCUACAGGUGUUGGUUCUGAUUCCUGGCAACUUUUGAUUACAGAGGAUGUGUUGUGUCUUGGUGUGUUCCUGUGUGAAUUGGGGGGAAACCAGUGUCUAUCGCAUGGAGUGGCUGUGAACAUCGCAUGCAUUAAUUCACCCGAAAUCACCUUCUGUACAGUGAGCACUAAAUCGGUGUUAUUGUUAUGAAUGUUGUAAUUGUUGUCAACUGCAAUUCAUCAUGUUCCCUAAAGUACAGAAUAGGAAGAGGAGAGAAGAGGCCAUAUCUAAAAUAGAAAAAAAAAUGGAUGGAAAAGUUUUUAAUUGAUGAAAGGUAUUCAGGCAUCACAUGCAGAGAACAAUUCUAAACAGGAUAAACAAAAAUAAAUUCACACCUUGAAGAAUCAUGAGAAAACUGCAGAUUACAAAGGACCAAGAAAAGAUCUGUAAAUCAAUCAGAUUUCCUGUAAAAUACAAAGUAUUCAAACAAAACUAGAUUUGCUAAUGGCCCCAAGGGAAGCUAUAAGAGAACAGAAUAAUCUCCUCAAACUAUUGUUUGAAAAUGAUGCUGAAAGUUUUAAAACACCAACAGCCAAUAUUUUGGAUUUUUUUUAUCCCUUUAUUUAACUCGGUUUUCCUGUAUUUUGAAGCUCUCUGGUACUAGAAGCCUUUAAAAACAAUUGUUUUCCUGAUUAAUCAAAUCUUUGAUCAAUAGGCAAAUUACCUCGUCACAUCUGGUAAUGCUCUGUAUCUUGAAGUCCAGUUAAGCUGAAAUAAACAUAGCUUUAAUGUUAAAACUUAAUUACAUUAAAAAUUGUUUAGUAUUUAAGUGAUGUAUUUUUCCUCAUCAGUUUAACCAAUGUGUGGCUUUAUAUUUAAAGUGCUUCUCGGGGCGCCUGGGUGCCUCAGUCAGUUAGGUGUCUUACUUCAGCUCAGGUCAUGAUCUCACGGUGUGUGAGUUUGAGCACCAUGUCGGGCUCUGUGCUGACAGCUCGGAGCCCGGAGCCUGCUUCAGAUUCUGUGUCUCCCUCUCUCUCUGCCCCUCCCCUGCUCAUGCUCUCUCUCUCUCUC